CUUUCACCGCUGUUGUCAACAGACACGGACGUGUCCAGAAACUGUUUUCAUUUCAAAUUAUUUACAUUUUCCGUAUUCUUUCUCAGCAAUAAUGGCUCCAAAACAAAGAAUGAGAUUCGCCAACGAAAAGGCCAUGAAGAAUGUAACUAUGAGGGGAAACGUACCGAAAUCAUCCAAAAAUCAAGAUGAGAAGACACCAGUAGGCCCUUGGCUGUUGGCCCUUUUCAUUUUUGUUGUUUGUGGAUCUGCAGUUUUCCAAAUCAUCCAGUCCAUUCGUAUGGCUUAAACAUUCACUUCCCAAAUGGUUUAACUAGGUUAUUGCUCAGAACAUUUUAUUCCAAUUGUGCAAUUCAGAUAUUUAAAAUUUAUUUGUGUGUUAUAUUUAUGUCAACAGUCUCUUAAUUUGAACAUUUGUAUCUACAUUUACAUAAGUUGUAAUGCAUUUAUUUGGUAGCACAAAUACCAUUGCUUGUAUGUUUGUUAAAUCAUUCCAGUGUUUUAUAUUUGUAAUACAAUUUAUGUAGGUUCAAAUAUAAUUAUAAUUUUGUAAA